UGCUUUGAGCAGCACAAAUAACAUUCCAUCCACCUCCAUUGUCUUGGAGUGACUGCAGGAGUCUCAGAGGAGGAUAUUUCACAACCUUUGCACAUAAAACUGAAACUGUUGCAUGGCACAACACCACAGAGUUUUCCCUCUCCUCCUGUCAUAUAAGACCAGGCUGCACCAAAACUUGUGUUUUCCUGACUGAAGCCAUGAAUCUGACAGCUCCUCUGCUGCUGCUUCUCACUGCAGCCUGUAUGGCAGCAGCACACCCGAAGGCCUUAUGGCAGUUUGGGAGUCUGAUCAGCUGCGCUCAGCCUGGAGUUAACCCUCUGAAGUAUAACGAGUACGGCUGCUGGUGCGGCUUCGGGGGAACCGGAAGCCCUCUUGAUGAACUGGACAUGUGCUGUAAAGUUCAUGAUAAAUGCUAUGAAGCAAGCAGAAAGGCUCCUGGAUGCACGGCUAUUGCUGACCUUCCCUAUGUUCUUGUUUAUGAUUUCACCUGUUCAAACCAACAAGUGACCUGCUCUGCGUCCAACAAUAAGUGCCAGGCUGCUGUGUGUGAGUGCGAUCGGGUGGCUGCUCACUGCUUUGCUCAGACCUCAUACAACCCUGAAAACAAGAACGUGGAUCCCAAAGUCCACUGUGUCAACUGAGUUAUACAACCCACAAAAAACAUGAGAAAAUGUUGGAAUUCUGACAGAUUUCUUCCUACAUUUUAAUUUCUUUAUAAUUUUUUACACUAAAUAGGAUGUAAAGGGAGUUUGAUUUUGCAUAAAGGAAUCACUUUCAAUAAAGGCAAG